UCCACUUCAGAGACCAGAAUGUUUUUGAGAAGUGAAUGGCUAUCAUUGUUACACACCAUCAAUCCUAGCACCACACCCAGCUCUCUUUUAUACAUUCACAUCGAAAGAGAAAAGACUGAUACUUUCUCUCUUCCUUUCUCCACCCAAUAUGGCAACUCUGCAAUCCAUUGCAUUGGCCUCUCCGGCCUCUCACAAUUCUCUGCAACCACGCUCUUUCUCAGGCCUUACAUCUUCGGCUGCUUAUCGAAGUGUCUUAUCCCCAUUCCAUGGCCGAUCGUUGCACCUGACUCGUCCACAAUUGGCCUUAAGAGGACGGACUUUGCAGAAAUUCAGUCCCAUUUCAAUGAUGGUCAAGCCAACUAUUCAAUUUGUCCAAGGAACUGAUGAACAGACGGUACCAGAUGUGAGGCUUACCAAAUCUAAAGAUGGUACAAAUGGUGUGGCUAUUUUUUUGUUUGAGCAGCCAUCCGUUUUUGAUGCUUCUGGUAAUGUUGGUGAUAUCACGGGCUUUUUCAUGAUUGAUGAGGAAGGAGUUCUUCAAUCUACUAAUGUUAAUGCCAAAUUUAUCAAUGGGAAACCUUCAGGGAUUGAAGCAAAGUACAUAAUGCGAACCCCCCGAGAGUGGGACAGAUUCAUGAGAUUCAUGGAGAGGUAUGCGAAUGCAAAGGGCUUAUCAUUUAUCAAAAGUUGAGGCAAUUUAUAUCCUUUCUUUGUUUGUUUUUAGUCAUCUUCUUUUAACUGUCAUUGCGGUGGUUUUUGUAUAAUUUAGUCAAGGAAAACUUGAAAAAAUAUUGUUCGACUCCUAUCUAGGUUUCUUGCCAAUGGCAAUCUCUUCUACA